AUGGAUGAAGCCUUGGCCUGGAAGAGAGGUCAUCGGGUGGUCCUCAACCUUCACUGGGUGUUUCGACCCUUAACCACUACACCCUCCAGUUGGCGGGUCUGCAGUGACUGGCCAGGUCACUGCCCCUCUCCUCCAGGCUUCCAGCUUGUUUCCUCUCUCUUGUGCCAGAGCCAACAGGAGGCUCUCUCUGACGCUUCUCCCAACCUACGAACGGCUGCUUUCCUCAAAUAUUAUUUGAAGUGCUUCGUGUAUCUUGCUCAGUUGGAGGCGCUCAACAUUCCUUAUACCCUGGAGAUGUUCAUGAGCAGCCCAAAGGAGGGCAUGAUCAAGGGUUUGUGGAAGAAUCACAGCAACGAACCUCAGGCUGUGCGUCUUGUGGCAGAUCUUUGUUUGGAGUAUCAGGUUUAUGAUCUUCAGCUGUGGAACAGUGUCCUGCAAAAGCUUCUGUCAUUCAAUAUGACGGUCUACUUGCAGAAGGUUCUUGAAGCUCUCAUGGCAGUGCCCAGUCUUCUAGAGGGGCAAGGUCUGUCCAGAACCUGGCGUAAUGUCAUUCAAGCCCCUUUUCUGACAGCCUCUCUUCCUCUCAGCCCUCAACAGCAAGACAUCAUGUAUAAGACAUUUGUCCUCUUAUUAAAAUGCCCGUUUUUGUUGACGCUGGAUCUGGUUGCCAUUGCAAAGCGGUUUUCUCAGUUUAAUCUGCAGGCCUUCUCUUUGGGCGCCCUUCUACUCAUACCUUGUGUCAGUAAAAAGAACCCACACAUUCAGAGCUUUCUGUCGUCCUGUAACCCAAUCCUCACUCUGGAUCAAGUAGAAGAAACCAUGGCCACCGGAGAACUCGCCGGCGUUCCUUCACAGAUCAGAGACACCGUCUUUAUGUUUCUUUGUGGAAAUGGUCGUGCUCAGACUUUAAUAAAGAGCAAACACUUCACUCACCUGAAGAGGCACCUGAUCACAAACACUAACAGUGAUAUAGUGGAGGAUCUUCUGAACCGCCUCGUGCAGCAAAACAGUGAAGAGGAGGCUGUGUCUUUUGCUCAGGAGUAUUUGACAUACAGAGAGCUGAAGGGAGGAGAAGCUUCUGAUGCUGUCAGGGAGUUUUUGGAGAAAACAAUGGAAUCCAGAGGAACAAAGAUCUAAACAAAAUACUAAAGAGACUGUAAUGAAGAAGCUUUCAUUCUGUACAGAACUGCACUUAUGUUUGUUUUACACUUUCUACUCCUUAACUAGACCUUAAUGCUAAAAAUGUGUUUGUUUGUUACCGUAUUUUAUCAUAUGUAAUAAACAAAUCUUUGUUUGUAUUAUAACAUGUUGUUAUUUUGGAUCAGUCCCACAAACACAACAAAUGUUUUACAAAUGCUUGUUUAACAAACCUUUAAAGAUAAUCAAAUCUUCUCAUGUGUAAAGUGUUUGUUUGUAUAUGUUGCCAAAACUGAAUUAUCUGUGAAAUAUUAGCUCAGAUGACAAACACAUUUACAGUAUAGUAGAGUUAAUGCUAAAAACUAGUUUGAUCUGUUCUUUCUGAUUUAACACAGGAUUGUGUUGCAUAUUUAUUGCAUUCAUAAAACGAAACACACAGAAUAAAAACAUAAAUAGUAUUUAUUAAAAACAUAAAUGUAUAAACAAAUAUUAUAAGGAAAUAACUUUUACAUAAACAGAUACACAUAGAGCUUUUCUUUCUUUUGCACAUGAAUAUUUUCUGUUGCAUAUUUUUUUGCACAUAAUUCAUAUUUUGCACAUAAUUCA